AUGGCCCCAGGUGGGUGUGCACCGCAUCACUGGCUCUGCAAGGGGACAAUGCUAGCCGGGGGGGUGCUGGCCGGCUUCUCCGUGCUCAGCCUCCUCACCUACGGCUACCUGUCCUGGGACACCCUUGGAUCUAGCCUGGAGGAAACAGAGACCACAAGGGCCAAGCUUGGAGAGGAGCCAGAGGCCAGCGCACCCACCUCUCAGCCUCACAUCGUUUUCAUCCUGGCUGACGAUCAGGGAUUCAGAGAUGUAGGGUACCACGGGUCAGAGAUCAGGACACCAACUCUGGAUAAGCUGGCAGCUGAAGGGGUUAAACUGGAGAAUUACUAUGUUCAGCCUAUGUGCACGCCUUCCAGAAGCCAAUUUAUCACAGGAAAAUACCAGAUACACACAGGCCUUCAGCAUUCUGUCAUAAGGCCUACCCAGCCUAACUGUUUACCUCUGGAUAAUGUGACUCUACCUCAGAAGCUGAAGGAGGUUGGCUACUCAACACACAUGGUUGGCAAAUGGCACUUGGGGUUUUACCGUAAAGAAUGCAUGCCAACACAAAGAGGAUUUGAUUCUUUUUUUGGCUCACUCUUGGGCAGUGGGGAUUAUUACACUCACUACAAAUGUGACAGCCCUGGGAUAUGUGGCUAUGACCUAUAUGAGAAUGACAAUGCAGCUUGGGAUCAUGACAAUGGCAUAUAUUCAACACAGAUGUACACACAAAAAGUACAACAAAUCUUAGCCUCUCAUAAUCCCAGGACCCCAAUAUUUUUAUAUAUUGCCUACCAAGCUGUUCACUCUCCACUACAGGCACCGGGCAAGUAUUUUGAACAUUACAGAUCAAUCAAUAAUAUAAACAGGCGGAGAUAUGCUGCCAUGCUGGCCUGUUUGGAUGAAGCCAUCAACAAUGUGACCCUUGCUUUAAAGAGGUAUGGUUACUAUGACAACAGCAUUCUCAUCUACUCUUCAGAUAAUGGUGGGCAACCAAUGGCUGGAGGAAGUAACUGGCCUCUCAGAGGAAGCAAAGGGUCAUAUUGGGAGGGGGGAAUCCGUGCUGUUGGCUUUGUCCAUAGCCCCCUUCUGAAAAACAAAGGGUCUGUGUGUAAGGAGCUUGUGCACAUCACAGACUGGUUCCCCACUUUGAUCACAUUGGCAGAAGGGCAGAUUGAUGAGGACAUCCAGUUGGAUGGCUAUGAUAUAUGGGAGACCGUAAGUGAAGGCAGACGUUCCCCAAGGGUGGACAUUUUACACAACAUUGACCCCAUUUACACCAAAGCCAAAAAUGGCUCAUGGGCAGCAGGCUUUGGGAUCUGGAACACAGCAGUUCAGUCAGCAAUCAGAGUAAACCACUGGAAACUACUGACAGGAAAUCCUGGAUACAGUGACUGGGUCCCUCCUCAAUCUUUUAGCAAUGCUGGCCCCAAUCGCUGGCAUAACGAACGAGUUUCUUGGAUGGCUGGCAAAACAGUGUGGCUUUUUAACAUAACUGCAGACCCAUAUGAACGAGUGGACCUUUCUGGUAAGUAUCCGGAUAUAGUGAAGCAGUUGUUGCGGAGACUUUCACAGUUCAAUAAGACUGCAGUUCCUGUUCGAUACCCAGCUAAAGACCCUAGAAGUAACCCUAAACUCAAUGGAGGAGUCUGGGGCCCAUGGUUUAAGGAGGAUCAGAAGAAAAAGAAGCCAGGUAAAAUUAAGGGAGAGAAUAAACAAAAGAAGAACAAGAAAAAAACAAGUCAGAAAAAGGGACAGUCCUUACAUUGCCGUUUGCACCUUGCUGGUAGAUAG